GAGUUUAGUUCUCUUAUAAACUUCACUCAGGAACAAUCAUAAUGAAUCAAUUACAGUUAUAGAGAUAAACAAAAUAAAAACAACAUCUUUUUUAGUCAACUAGUUUUAAUGAUGAACUAGUUUUGUAUUUGCAAAGUAGCUUCUUUUUUCAAAGCCUUGAGAUUUGAUCAAGUUUUAUUUACUUGUUACUUUUUUUUUCGAUAAACAAAUUGUUAUAAAUGGAGACUAAGAAUUUAAAUAUACUAAAUUAAUUCUAUAAACCAGUGCAAAUGUGUUUUGUAAAUAAAUAAACAAUUUCUUUGUGAUCUGUUGUAAAUAUAACAAAAGAAUAGAAAUAUCAUUUUCAAUCGUCAGUGAAUGUAAGUGAGAAAAAAUUGGUGAAUGUACGUUCAAGAAUCCUACUAUGCUUGCAAGUUGACAAAUGUCCCUGGCACGGAAAAAAGAAUGAUCAUCUAUACCUCACUGGUUAUUUUGGGAGUUGUUUCAUCCGUGAUCGGAGGAUACAUUCCACCCGGACCACGCUAUGUAUGCCCAAAGGAGGCAAUCUACAUUUAUCCUUGUACCUGUCUAAAAGGAAGUGACGAAGGACUUUAUAUUAAAUGUGAAAAUACAAAUCUAGCAAGUUUAAGUGUAGCUUUUAUUAAUUUGGGAAACGAUGGAGUUCCUAUUGAGGAGUUGACAAUAAAUAAAUGUGACAUAGCGAGAUUAUAUGGACCCGCACUUUAUCCUUUGGAUGUUCGUGUCCUGAAGUUUAUUGAUACUCCACUGAAAUUUAUUGAAGAACAUAGUUUUCUUGGUGUAAAUAGAACUCUUCAAGAGUUGUAUAUUAAAAAUAGUCAGUUAGAAAAAUUCCCUCGAGAUGCAUUGAAAAUAUUGGGAAAUUUAUCUGUGAUGAUAAUAUCAGGACAUAAAUUAACUACAUUGGCAGUUAAUAGUUUUAGUGCUAGUAUGUUAGCCGAUAAACUUCAAAAAUUAGAAAUUAGUAAUGGAACUCUUUUUUCAUUGCCUGCUGAUGCUUUAACGCCAUUAAGAAAAUUGAAAUCAUUAGAUUUACAUGGAAAUCAAAUAACAGAAUUAAAACGUAAUCAAUUUAAAGGCCUAAGGGAUACAGAGUACUUGGAUUUAUCUCAUAAUUUAAUUAACAAAUUGGAUCCAUCACAUUUGGCUGAUUUAACGAAGAUGGGAUGGUGUAAUUUAUCACAUAAUGCUAUUGGUGAACUCAAGAGAGGAACUUUUGCAAGAAAUACUGUUCUGAAAGUGCUCAAUCUAAGUCAUAAUAAAUUAAAAAAGCUCGAUUCUAAUACAUUUCGAGGAAUGAGAUUUUUAAGGAGGCUAUUUUUGAGUGACAAUGAAAUUAAUGAUGUUGGUAGAGGUACUUUCGGAUCAAUUACACGAAUUGGAACGAUUGACUUGGCUCGAAAUGCUCUGAAAAAAAUUGAUUUUCAAAUGUUCAAUCAGCUACAAUUAAUUGAAUCGAUAGAUGUAUCUGAAAAUGCAGUAACAGUAAUUGAAAAGUUGGCUUUCAAAGAGCUACAGCUAACUAAAAUUAACAUAUCUCAUAAUGUUAUAUCGAAAAUUGAAGCUGGAGCUUUUGAAAAUUGUGUUAAUAUAACAGUUCUUGAUUUAAGUCAUAAUAGGCUUGAUAAUAUCACUAAAUAUGCUUUUGAUAGCAAUACUUAUGCAACUGAAUUUCUGCUAAGCUAUAAUUUUCUCACAGCGUUAAAUCAGGUUCCACUUCAUAACAUGACUGGAAUUAAAGUACUGAAUGUUUCUCAUAAUUAUCUUAACUCAGUACCAAAAAAUACUUUUCCAAAAUUAUAUGAGUUACAUACAAUUGAUUUAUCAUAUAAUAAUAUAUCAGAUAUCUAUAAUUCUAUCUUUCAAACGCUUUUUAGUUUAAGAUACUUAAAUCUUUCUCACAACUCAUUGGAAAAAAUAAAGCCGUCAACAUUUGGGCCUUUACCAACCUUAUUAGAGCUAGAUAUGAGUUAUAACAAGUUAAAUGAAAUAGCUCGAGCAAGUCUAACAAGACUGGCCAGCUGUCGAGUGUUGACAGUCAAAAAUAAUAAUUUGAAAAAAUUUUUCCAACUACCAAUUUCCUUAGGUCAUCUGGACUUUUCAGAGAAUGACUUGGAAGAAAUCCCUACUACUGACGUAUGGCCUACAAUGAAUUCUCUCUUGUCUCUAGACAUCUCAAAAAAUCGUCUGGGCGAUAAUCUUCAACACGGUAGUUUUCAAGGUUUGUUGACCUUGAGGAGUUUGAACCUACAGGCGAAUAAUAUGACGGUGCCUCCGUGGGCAGCGUUGAGUACAUUGACCAGCCUCCAAUACCUUUACAUGCAGGAUAAUCAACUCACCCGAUUGGAUAAAGCAGCCUUCGGACUGUUACCUAUCGUUUUCGAGCUUAAUUUGGCUAACAAUAAGAUACAAACGAUUAAUGCUCGGGCAUUCGAGGGUCUAUUACAAUUAUUAACGCUCAAUUUGACAAACAAUAACAUUAGUUACAUUCCUAACGGAGCAUUCAAAAGCUUAGUGUCCUUAAGAACAUUGGAUCUUUCAUAUAAUCGACUUGAAAAAUUGGAUAACAAGACUCAUGGACUGCUGGAUGAUUGUUUGUCUUUAGAGAAGAUUAAUCUUAGUCAUAAUAAAAUAUCUUUCAUCACUCGGAAGACUUUACCAAAUGAUCCUUGGAUACCUUACAAGCUUAAAGACGUAGAUUUAUCCUAUAAUACUAUGCCUGUUGUUACUUUUGAACUUACUGCUGGUUCCAAAAAAGUUGUGAACUUAAAUCUAAGUCACAACAAUAUUAAUGAAAUACGAAGAUAUGUUAUUGGUAAUUUAACAUCUCUUCAAACACUAGAUUUGUCUCACAAUGAUCUCAACGAUCUUUCUGGUGUGGAUAUUUUUAAUCCACCUGAAAAUUUAUCCACAUUAUAUUUGAGCAAUAAUCAUUUUUCUCACUUGCCUACUAAUAAAAUACUCCAAAUGCCAAAGUUAAAAAUAUUAAAUGUAGAAAAUAAUGAAUUGGGUUCAUUCGACGAUAACCUUAUUGACAUAAUCCAAAAAAAUGGAACAACUGUACGUUUCUCUGGAAAUCCUUUACACUGUGACUGCUAUGUGAGACCACUGAGAAGGUGGUUAUCAACUCUAACAGAAAGUCCAACUGAAUGGACCAACGUAAUUUGUGCAAGUCCUGAUUAUUUAUCCGAUAAACGUUUGUUAAAUGUUACUGAAGAACUGAUGACUUGUGGUGAACGGGAGAUUCAAGAUAAUCCUAAAUUUGAGAUCACUCCUGAUAUACGAUUCCGAAGUAUUGAAUUAGAUGAAGAGGAGAAUUCGUGGAAAGUAACGUGGUAUGUUACAUCACGAGGAGACGUAGCUGAUUUUUAUAUAGUAGUAAGAGAGGUAGGAGGUAAUAAGCCUUUGCUAGAAAAGGAUGUGGUGUACAGAGAAAGAUCCUUCAAGAUCCAAGAUUUACCUGAAUCAACAGUCAAAUACGAACUCUGUGUAUUGGCAAGAGAUUCAAUCGGAAAUGUCAAGCACUUCAGGAGUUCACAGUGUCAAGUAUUAAACAAACGACCUCUUGUUUAUUCAAAGUCAUUUGCAAUAAAUUCUAGUGUGAGUCUGAUGUUUGUUACCAUAAUUUUAACCUCUGUGAUGUAAAUUUAAAUUUUACUCAUUAUUUAUAUUACUGUUAAAUAUAAUAAUUAAAUGAAUUUUUCUAAGCCAAUCAAUUAA